UACACGCCGGCCCAUUCGCGCAAGCGCAAACGCUAUAUUUCUAUUGUUUCUGUUUUGUUGUUAUCAACAAUAUCAGCAUUUCUUUUGUUUACUUUUAUAAAAAAAGUUUUUCUAGUUUCAACAGAAAUGAUUACGAAUUGUCAUUUGUUUGCUCUAAUUUCCGUUAUAGUUUCUGUUACUUCUAGUACAAAUAAUGAAUUUUGUAGUAAAGAUGAGAAAUCUUGCUUUGAAGAGCACAACAAAUAUAGCAGAGAAUUAAAUGACUGGUCCUUAAAAAUCAAAGAACAAAUAAAUACAGCUAUUAAUGAAUAUGUUCCUUGUAAAGUAGAAAAUUGCAGCUGUCAUAAGUCAUUAAUUGAUGAGGACCUAGCUCCAUUUAAAGGAGGCAUAACUAAGGAAUUAUUUGACAGAGCUCGUGCGAAAGCUACCAAAUAUCAGAUUAUUGAUGGAAAGUUGUACAGAGAAGAAGAAUGCCAUUUUCCAGCUAGAUGUGCAGGUGUAGAACACUAUCUUGUUGCAAUAGCAGCAAAAAUGCCUAAUUUAGAACUAGCGCUGAAUACCAGAGAUUGGCCUCAAAUGAAUAGGGCCUGGGGCCAUCCAAAAGCACCAGUAUUAUCAUUUAGUAAGACUAAAGAUUAUUAUGAUAUAAUGUAUCCUGCUUGGAGUUUCUGGGAAGGUGGUCCAGCUAUAUCCUUGUAUCCUACUGGCAUAGGCAGAUGGGACAAACAUAGAAUCUCAAUAUCUAAAUCUGCUGAAAAAUGGUCAUGGGAAAAGAAGGAAAGUAAAGCCUUUUUCAGAGGAUCUCGAACAAGUGAUGAAAGAGAUGCUCUUGUACUACUCUCUAGAGCUGAGCCUGACUUAGUUGAUGCUCAGUACACCAAAAAUCAGGCUUGGAAAUCAGAUAUGGACACCCUUUAUGCACCGCCAGCAUCAGAAGUGCCAUUUGAAGAACAUUGUAAAUACAAAUAUUUGUUCAACUACAGAGGAGUGGCUGCUAGCUUUCGAUUCAAGCAUUUAUUCUUAUGCAAGUCUCUGGUCUUCCAUGUUGGUGAUCAAUGGCUCGAAUUUUUCUACCCAUCACUUAAACCUUGGGUACACUAUAUUCCUAUUAGUCCCAGAGCCUCACAGGAAGACAUUAAGAAGUUAAUUAAUUUCUUCAAAGAACAUGACGACUUAGCCAAUGAAAUCGCACAUAGAGGCUUUCAACAUAUUUGGGAUCAUUUAACAGAUAAGGACGUGAAAUGUUACUGGCGUAAACUUCUAAAGAAAUACGCCAAACUCGUGACUUAUGAUGUAGUAAAAGAUAAUAAUCUGAAAUUAAUUUAUUAAUAAGAUAAGAUUUAAAAAUGUAUAAUUAUAUUAGCUAUUUUGUAAUCCUGUUGUUUAUUUAAUAUUAACAGACUGCACUGUCCUCACCAAUAGCGGCGAACUUGUUGCUAGGCACCAAGUCGAAUAUUGUGAUAUUUACUAACUUUGAUUUCUUUUGAUAUUUAUUUAUUUCUCUCAUCACAUCAUUGUGUAAACACGAUAACACAAUAGAGUAAAAAAAAAAAAUACAAAAUAAAAUCCCGAGACUGGUGUCUGUUGUACUAACUAAAACUUGUAUCACAGAUCACCAGGCCGAAAUUGAAAACCUUGAGUAAAUAAAACAAUAUCUCGGUCACGUACUGAGACAUGACAAAAACAUGCUGCUUCAUCUUAUAAUGAUGGGUAAGAUAUAAGGGCAGAGAAGCGCUGGGCGAACGGAAAAGUCGUGGCUGCGCAAUAUUCGGGAGUGGACCGGUAUCAGCUCUGUUGAGCAACUUUUCCGCCUGGCCAAUGACAAGGACCAAUUAAACAAGUUGACGGCCAACCUUCAGGAAUGAAGUGGCACCAUAAGAAGAAGAAAUAAAACAAACA